CAGCAGUGCCACCCACAAGUUCCGCCCACCUGUGCCCAGCAGUGCGCCACUAGCUCUGCCCACCUGUGCCCAGCAGAUCACCCACCUGUGCCCAGCAGUGCACCCACCUGUGCCCAGCAGUGCACCCACCUGUGCCACUCUGCAGUGUCACACACCUGUGCCCAGAAGUGCCACCUACCUGUGCUCAGCAGUGCCACCCACCUGUGCCCACCCACCUGUGCCACCCACCUCCCAGCAGUGCUGCCAGUCAGUGCCACCAGUCAGUGCCCAGUGGUUGUGCCAGUCAGUGCCGCCAGUCAGUGC